AUGUCCGCCGGCGAAGAAGAUCUCAUCGAUUACUCCGACGAGGAGCUUCAGCCAACUGACGGCGCAACCGGUGCUGCUGCCUCCAAUGGCGAUGCCAAGAAGGGCGAUGCUGGAACUGGCGACAAGGCAAAGGGCAGCUACGUCGGAAUCCAUUCGACCAGUUUCCGCGACUUCCUCUUGAAACCCGAGCUUCUCAAGGCUAUUACGGACUGCGGCUUCGAGCAUCCAUCUGAGGUGCAGCAAAACUGCAUCCCUCAGGCCAUCCUUGGAACCGAUGUUCUAUGCCAGGCCAAAUCUGGUCUCGGUAAGACAGCCGUCUUUGUGCUGUCGACUCUUCAGCAGAUGGAGCCCGUAAACGGCGAGGUCAGCGUGCUCAUUCUAUGCCACACCCGCGAAUUGGCUUUCCAAAUCAAGAACGAGUACAUUCGUUUCAGCAAGUACAUGCCUGAAGUGAGAACCGAGGUCUUCUACGGAGGCACCGACAUCAAGGAGAACGAGAAGAUUCUCAAAAACAAAGAGACCCACCCACACAUCAUUGUCGCAACCCCUGGUCGUCUCAACGCUCUGGUUCGCGAGAAGAAGUUGCGUCUUGGAAGUGUUCAGCGCUUCGUUCUGGACGAAUACAUGCGCCGCGAUGUCCAGGAAAUUUUCCGUGCUACCCCAACACAAAAGCAGGUCAUGAUGUUUUCCGCGACGCUCUCACAAGCAGUCCGACCCAUCUGCAAGAAAUUCAUGCAGACUCMGCUGGAACUGUUCAUCGACGACGAGAAGAAGCUCUCCCUCCAUGGUCUUCAACAGUUCUACAUCAGCAGCAAGGAAGAGGAGAAGAACAGGCGCCUGAACGACCUGCUCGACGAGUUGACUUACAACCAAGUCAUCAUUUUCGUCAAGAGCAGCAGCCGUGCGCAAGAGCUCGACCGUCUCUUGGUGGAGUGCAACUUCCCAUCCGUUUGUGUCUAUGGCMACCUCCCUCAGGAAGAGCGUAUCAAGCGCUACACAGCCUUCAAGAAUUUCGACAAGCGUAUCUGCGUCAGCACUGAUGUUUUCGGUCGUGGUAUUGAUAUCGAGCGUAUCAACCUGGCUAUCAACUACGACAUGCCAGACUCUACCACCAACCCUGGCGCAUCCGACAAGGAGUCGCUCAACCAAGCUGCUGACACCUACCUUCACCGUGUCGGCCGUGCUGGUCGUUUCGGUACCAAGGGUGUUUCCAUCAGCUUCGUCAGCUCCGAGCGCGACAUGGAAGUGCUCAAGACAAUCGAGGCUCGUUUCGAGAAGAAGAUUGAUGAGUACCAGGAGGGUGGCCAGAACACCGUUCUGAAGGAGGGCGAGGAGUAA